GGUUUGCGGGAGUUAGUCGCACGAUCUCAUUCGGAGCGUCCUGACGUCCGGGACGUCGCGCGAUUGACAGCACGCAGCUUGUCUUCGCCUACGCUCGUGUUUCCCUAUCACGUACCGAUCAAGCGUAUUCCAAUCGUGACUAUUUCCGGUUCGCGUAAACAUCGUUUCUUCUCGAACGAAAACACGAUUAUAUCCGGUUAUUUUUAACGACCGACGAGACACGAAAUUCCAUCGGUGCCUGAAUCGCGAUCGACGUUUAGCAAGUAACUCGGAUUACUGGUUGUGCUUUCUUUUUUUUCUUCCAAAAUUCGUGGUUUUUAUUGAUUUGUAUCUUCGCUAUUUACGAGGAUUAAGCAACUCCGCAGCCCGAUCCUGUCAGUUGGAUUCUCGAAAGCCGAAUACAGAUCGAAUCGUUUGUGUUCUCCUGGCGAAGGAAACCGAAGGAUCUUUACACGAUCGGGGUACAAAGUAGAAGAGGAAAAAUCGGCAACAAUGAGUUUCAUAGUGCAAAUGAGUGUAAAUAAAUGUUGAACAUUGCAGAGAAUUUUAAUUAAUGAAAGUGUCGGGUUUUGAGAUACGGGUAUCGGUGAAAACGGAGAAAAAUCGUGAUGUCCUCGAGUGGUGAAUUCUCGACAUUGUCGAGCGGUGAAGCGACCGGUACGGGCGACGAUUCUCUACCGAGUUCGCGAGAAGCCACAGCUGAGGCUGCCGGCUCCGGUGGUUCGUUCGUACCACUUCGCGAGUUCUUGGACAGAUUUUCCUUACCCCGAGUCGUUCGGGUCGAAGGAGGCGGCGGGAGACCCAUUUUACUGUACAAACAACAGCAGAAAUCUUUAAGGGUUACGGCAACGUUGCUCAUGCACCGUUAUCGACACGACGUCAAAGUCGGACCGGAAAUAGUCAUCCCCGAAGGAUAUCCUGGCUGGUUCUCCGUCGUAUCGAACAAUAGUGGGACCGGAAGUGCCAGGGUUUACAGGAGAAUCGGGGCUCUCGUGAGAGCUGGAGUGCCUGCGUUUCUUCUCGCCAAACCACUUCGGGCGUAUACCUUGACACACUCGAAAAUGGAAAAUGGAAACCUCCGAGCCCACUACACAAAAACAACGGUGCGAGCUGGCGAAGUUUUGCGACUAGCAGCCAUUUUCCAAGAUACACGAAGAUCCCCAGUCUCUACAGGGAUCACAAGUGUAGUGAGUGGACCACAAGAUGGUAAAAAUUCUCGAGCUUCCGAGCGUGACCAGUAUGCACAAUGCCUCGAUUCUCAGGGUCACGAACUUUUCGCACCUCUCUCAUCACGAGGUGAAUUUUAUGCCACCUGUCAAAGUGGCAGCUUAGAUACCGGAAGUGAUGCUGUUCUUUACAGAGUUCAUCAACUCGCGAGAAGGGAUCUUCCUAUUAGAGUACGUCUAGUUGCGGGACCUUUGCCAAUUCCACUACCACGCGAUUACAGUGGUCUGAUGCAACUCGAAGGUGCAACCCGAGGACCAAUAGUUCUUGGUUGUGCUGUUCCAUUGAUGCCCGAAAGACCAUUGCCAAAUGCAACGGUACCGGAACUCCUGGAGCUGGUGGCCACUGGCCCUGGUGCACCGAGGGUCAAGAGAGCGAGGUUGGGUUGUCCAUCGGAAGCACGUCUACUGGCAUCUCCAAAGAUGCAGCGCCUUCUCUCUGCUUGCAGAAGAGCUCUCGACCAGAGAGCGACGGAGCCGAGGGUGGCACCACCGAAGCCAGUGACGGGUGGUAAUUCUCAGUUGAAAGAGUUGCACCUGAAGGAGAUUAAAUCGAAGCCUGAAACGAAGCCAAUAUUGCAGAGCCUCAAGGAGGGUCUGGAGCAUAUAAAAAGAACAACGAUACGCGAUCGAAGUCAUUCGAGAAGCGGUGCCGCGAGCAACAACGGUUUUCUAGAAAGAAUAACGAGGAUAGCGCACGGUGGGAGGAGUCGCAACCCGGCGAAGAAAUCGGCAUCGUUCACGUUCGCAGUUAGACCGGAAAUCGGUAUGAGGACACCGGAAAGGUACGCGAGUUUGGAGUCCGAGGCGAACGCUUUGGCUGCUGGGGCUUGUUCGUCCCGACAACUGGUGCAACGGUCGGUUUCGACGAGCGUUCUCGAAGUUCAAGUCCGUGCCGAUCUCGACCCACCUUACUCCAAGGUCAGGGAUAGCUUGACCCCGUUGCCGCCGACACCGCCACCAAGACCCGAAGACAUUUAUGCCGAAAUCUGCGAACCACCCGCCUGCAAUCCUGAUAUUUCGGGCAGAAGAACGAGCCGAUCGAGCCAGCAAGUUCAUAAACCUCUGCCUCUGGAAAAAACCGGUACUCGCGACAAAGAUCGAGGCUACGUUAGACUCGCUUCGCAUUCUGAGAUCUCAGACGUUUCUGCCAGCACCGAAGACGAGGAAGGAAUUUAUAACACGGUCUGUUGAAGCUCGAACCUUUGUGUUACCCCUGUUUUGUCCGAUUGGACAAUUUUUGAGAGUCGACAAUUUAAGCUCGAAAUCAAAUGAAGCGGGUUCGAGAGACACUAAAUAUUUAAAAUAAAAGCUCAAAAUACCGUCCGACUUGGUUUACAUGUCAAAACUACUUCCUUCAUCUGCAAAAAAACACUAUUGUCUCUGAAAAAUAUUUCAGAAUCUAUCAAAAUUUCGGUUAUUUUUAUUUUUAUACAAUCACAAAAUAUAAUUUACCAAAAUCAUACAAAAUUCAAUUCUUUCUCGUUUUCGUUUCUUCAUCCUGGUCAUCCUAACAAGUACUUGAUUCGUCCAUAAUAAAUAUCAAAAAAAUGCGAUGAGUGAAAAAUCUUUCAAGCAUGUAGCGAAGGCUCUCUCCCUAAAAUCCGAUUAACCAAUGGAUUAUUCACCUCCCCGUGUGACAAACCAUUUAGUUUCCUCUUUGUAAAUUCGAAUGAAGUGAAAGUGAAUUAUCCCAGUGCAGUCGAUUCGAAGACAAUAAAAAUUUCUGUCGAAAAAAUGGAGUUCCGCCGAUUAAAAAUAGUCGUAAAAGAAGGUACACGGAGGAAGGACAAAAAACUCGCGUUAAGCUCGAUGUGAUAUUGUACGUAAGUCUCAUUUAAGUGCGGCGAGCGAGGGACGGACGAGCGAAAAAUGAAAAGAAAAACGUGUAAUAGGAGUAGAAGGGAGGAAGUAUAAGUGGUGAGUAAAAAUAAAAGGGUGAAUACUGCUUCGGACUUCCGCGAUUGGAUAAAAGUCAAGGUCGAAGAGAUAAUAUCAGGAAGUCGAUAGGAUUGGCGUUAUAAGCGGCUCCUCGUACCUCGUUAUAUUCUCCACUCGCCCGGUCUCGGGAAGCGCGGGGUUGGACCGAUCUGUACUUUGAAACGAUUUAUCAAUUAAAUCGUCACGGUCGAUGGGGUCUCGGCAGCCCAGAAGCAACGAAUACACAUAAUCACACACGCACACGCGCGCGCGCGCGCGAACACAUACGAGGAAAAACAUCGUGCUCUGCGUGUUCGUCGACCCUAAGUUUACGCGCAUCGUGUCGGGCGCGUCUGUACCCGACACGCGGUGCGUGACGCUCACCAUCAGUGCUAGACAUGUGAUUAUUCCACGUGUAAAUCAAGUAUACACGUUUGCCAAGGAAUUGGUGCAAAUUUGGACCAGAUCAUAAAUUCGCAAGGACCUUUCAUGGUCCAACCUUUUUCGUAGCUGCGUCUCUACUUACUUCGUCUUGCAACUGAAAUUUAUGCAUUAGUGAAUCACACCCCUGUGCGGAUGUUCGUUAAACACGAUUUUUGGCGGAGCUUCUCUUUUCGAAAAAUCCCAUUGCGCUUCGCUUCCAGGGAAAAUCUUUUCCGAAACAAUCGAGUGAAAAAGCACUCAAAGACGAAGGAACUGCGAUUUUUUAAACGACCAAAUUUAUUGGUUCUCCAAAUUUGCACCAAUCUUUUUUACAUUACAUGCAUCGAUGCACGUCAAAUCAUCGUUUUACUGCGGGUGCGCUACGAAAGCACGUGGCCAACGAAGAGACAAUAACGAACGGUCAUUAUUUCGUGAAAAUUGUCCAAUUAACUUUGAACAUCUGACUACGAUUAAUAUUCGCAGAAAUUGACAGAACGAGCUACGAAAUAAUCUUACAAAUGACCAGGUGAGAUAACACGAAAAAGUUUCAAUGUUCGAGCAACCGUUUUCGUCCCUUUUUUUCCUAGAAUUCAUGAGUGUACGAUGAAACAGGAAAAAUAGAGGAACGAACAAUCGAGCAAUAAAUUUUGUAUUAUAGUGUAAUAUGUGUACAUUGCAUUAUCGAAAUAAGCAAAAGACAAUGAUGAUAACAGCAAUAAAGAUAAUUUGUUAUUUGCGA